CAUAAUGGAUUUUUACAAUAAUGCUGUAAUAUUUGUAACGGGAGCCACUGGUUUUGUGGGCAAAACUUUGCUGGAAAAACUACUUUGGAGUUUUCCUCAGCUCAGUUGUGUUUACAUGUUGAUACGUGAGAAAUAUGAUAAAAGUGUGGAUCAACGUUUUCAAGAGUUUGUUCAGCACAAAAUAUUUGAACGUUUACGCUCCACCUAUCCAGAGCGUUUAAAAAAGCUUAAAUUUUUGGCGGGAAAUAUUGAGAAGGAAAAUUUUGGUCUUAGUAACGUGGAUAAGAAAAUGUUGUGUGCUGAGGUAAAUAUUAUUUUUCACAGUGCCGCCACUGUCCGCUUCAAUGAAAGACUUAAAGUGGCUGCACGUGUAAAUGCCGUUGCCACUUGGAAUUUAUUGGAAAUGUGUAAAGAUAUGCCGCUACUUAAGAGUUUUGUAUAUGUUUCGACUGCCUAUUGCAAUCCGGGACGCAAGUAUGUUGAUGAGGAAAUAUAUCCCACUUUACCUCCCGUAAAUUGGAAACAUUUUGUUGAUUGUGCCUUAAAAAUACCCGAUGAAUAUUUUAACAGUCUGGCCAACUAUAUUAAGGGACCCCAUCCUAAUACCUACACCUUUACCAAAUCCAUAGCCGAGCAAAUAGUCAAUGAUUAUAAACACUUGAUACCCAUAGUAAUAGUAAGACCUUCGAUAGUAACUGCGGCUCAUCGUGAACCCUACCCAGGAUGGAUAGAUAAUAUACAGGGUAUUACGGGUAUAAUGAUGGAAAUAGGUAAAGGAUCUAUAAGCAGCAUUUUAGGAGAUAAAGAUGUUAUAUGCGAUAUAAUACCAGUAGAUUAUGUGGUGAAUUCCAUGAUAUUAACGGCUCAAAGGGCAGUCAAGAGGAGGGUAUAUAUUUCCAACUCCACCUCUGGCGCUACUAAUCCUAUUACUUGGGAAGAAUUGGGCAACUUGACCCUUAAAUGGUCACGCAUAUAUCCCACCAAAAAAUUACUCAUGUAUCCUUAUUUCAAAUAUCGCAAAAGUUAUUUCUUUCACGACAUGGCAGUCUAUAUAUUACACUAUAUACCGGCCAUUUUAAUGGAUCUUUUAUCUCUGAUACAAGGUGGUAAACGUCGAAUGGUAUUGCCUAUAGCUAAGAAAUUUAGACAAGCCUGUUUGGCGGGCAAAUGUUUUUCUCUCAAUGAGUGGAUAUUUUUGAAUAGCAGUCGUUAUUAUUUCGCUGAUUUGAACAAUAAUGCUGUUGAUACUAGUCUAGAUUGUAAUUUACAAUCUCUGAACUAUGACAAUUAUAUACGACAAUUUGUUAUUGGCAUACAGAAGUAUUUGCAUCGUGAACCGAUAUGUGACAAUUCUAAUAAGUUUAAAAUAACCAGAUUAUAUUGGUCUUGGAUUUUUGUGCAUACCUUCAUGAUUUUGAUACUAUUAUAUAUUUUAUUAUAA